AUGAUUGAGGGGCCCGAGGGUAAAGAGGUCCUUGAAGACGUAGGAAGAAAGGCCGAGGAAAAAUCAGUCGAAGAUUUGGUGGAAGUGCGCAUUGACGAGAACGAUCCAACUAAAUUCUUCCUCUUGGGAUCAUCCUUGUCUAGCACCAAGCGGAUGGAUUAUGUCAACUUCUUGGUUUCCAAUUUGGAGGCCUUUACCUGGACGCCUUACGACAUGCCUGGCAUCGACCCGAGCUUCAUUUGUCAUCAGUUGAAUGUCUUCCCCAAUGCACGGCCAGUCAUUCAAAGGACGCGCCGCUCAACUUUGCAUCAUGCUGAAGUGGUGGCAGAAGAAGUGAAGAAUCUGUUGGAAGCUGGGGCCAUAGAGGAGAUAGCCAUGUAUAAACCGGACAGAGAGAUCACGUCGUUCACAACCCCCAGAGGUUUAUAUUGCUACGAAGUCAUGCUGUUCGGACUAAAGAACGCCGGGACGACUUUUCAACGGAUGGUGACAAAGAUUUUCGCCCCAAUGCUGGGCCGCACCAUGGAGGCCUACAUCGACGAUAUGGUGGUGAAAAGUAAGGAGAAAGCUCAGCACCUCUCCGACCUAGCAGAGAUGUUUGCUAUACUUAAACGCCCCAAGCUUCGUUUGAAUGCUUCCAAAUGCGCCUUCGGAGUCGGCACGAGGAAGUUUUUGGGUUUUCUGGUCACAAAUCGAGGGAUUGAAGCUGACCCAUCACAGAUCAAGGCUAUACAAGACCUGGAGCGUCCUAACACCACGAAGGACGUCACAGGGGAGUAUGAGACAAAGAUGAAAGAAUGGCAAGUAUCAGGCGCUGGUAGCGCAGAGAUCAAGAAGUUCGCUGCAAUAAGGAUGGAACAAAUCGACCGCGAGGAAAACAGGCGGCCUGAUGAAUUGGCCGGGACUUGCUUUGUCAGACAGCUUUCCUAA